GAACACUUCAGUAGCUGCAUCGAUAGCAAAUAAGUAUGACAUAAAAGAUUCACAAAUCAAAUAUGUCAUACAGAAAGUUAACAAUCGAAAGAUUAGAACGUAUACUAGAUUAAGAUGUAAUCUAGUUAAGUGGUCAUCGCGCAUGGCAACUUCUAACAGAAUCCCGAUGGUUUAUAGAAGUAAAUGCUUCCUGUGUGAGGGGCCACUAGAAGAUUUAGAACAUUGUUUGAUAGAUUGUGCUCUCUUAAGUGAGACCAGAAACCAAUAUGCAGAGAAACUGCCAGUCUUACAAUGUUCAAGAACAAGUAACCAAGAUAAAGUAAAGUUUAUUCUUGGUAACAAAGAAGGAUUGAAACACAAUCCAAGUAAAGUUAAUGAACUCUGUACAUGUAUAGAGUUCAUAGACAAAAUGAUUGUUAACAGAGCUAUUCUAAUACAGAAUAAGCUUAAUGAUAUCAAUCACAACAAUUAG